AUGCCUUAUAUCAAUGCCUUGCAAAGCAAACACGCUGAGCCGCCGUUCAUUUUUCAUGAUGAUCUGUCUCUUGUCUUAAAGCCCGUUGUCGAUCGUGCCACCUGGACAAUCAGCCUUGCUUACCUAGCGCAUGCAGCAAACCUUGGAAACAACCGUUUACUUAUCACCUCGGAGGAGCACCGUGCCUGCUGGCUGGACUACCCGAUUCGGGCAUAA